GGCUGCAAUUUAAAAGCGAAAGUAAAAAUGACGUAUGCAGUUUUUGUGUACUUGACUUCACGGGCUUCCGGUUGUUUCAGAUCACGGGCUUAUAGAAUUUCCCUAGAAAAUGGCCUUCGGAUGUAAGAGUCCGAGGUAUAUAAGGAGCGUAGGGACGUUAACCGAGGCUCUUAUUUGUAGGAGUAUCCUCAGCGCCUAUGGGUGAAAUUUUAUGAGGAAGAACGUCUACCCUUUGAUAAUAUAGAUGUGACAUUAGAUAAAUCUCUAAUGGAAAAAAUCACGAACCUUUCAAACUGAAGCAUAUAGAUACAAUGGAUCAAAAUGAAAACCAAUAAAGUGAAGGCUCAGUAAUAUCAGAAAAAGUCAUUGAAAACAAAUGCUCUUCAGCACAAGAAAAACUAAACCAACAUGUGAAAAUCUUCAACACUAGAGAGCUUUUUUAUUAUCAAAUAGGAGACUGUUAUAUUUUCAAUGAAAAAAAGAUCAGUUGUACUAGUGAAAAAGCAGGUAAUCUGGACUUCACAAGAAGUAAAUGCAUAAAGAAUCAAAAGAGAAAGGAAAUUCAAUAUGAAUGUUGUGAUGGAUGUUCUCAGAAACUGAUAUGUAGAACUUGUAGUGUGAACAAUCCCAAAAGUUCAGUAAGGAAAAAUAAAAAUAAAGAAAUGAGUAGUCAGAACUUAUUCCCCGUUAGUCAUUCUGAAAAGGAAAAAGAGGAUGGAAAGGAAACUGACAUAUUAUGCUUGAAAAAGGUGAGCUGUAAAAUUAUUGAUGCAAAUACUGAGUCAGCUUUAGAUACUGAAACUAAACACAGCUGUUCUAUUUCAUGUCAUGCAGGAAAUAUACAUAGCAGUUGUUCAAAAGGACUUAGUUGCAGUAAUUCUGACUUCCAAAAAACAAUAAAAAGAACAUAGAACCUAAUCUUUGUAUCAGAAUGCUUAAAUGUAAGUUUUGUGGAAUGGAGAAUAAAUGUGAUGUCAACAUUCAACAUGUACAAAGGUGAUCAAUGAAAAUUCUACAGCAAUAAUCGAAGAAGAUAUGGUUCAUCCAACAGUUUUAUCAUGGGAUAAGAUGCAGCAUUUAAUUCAAGAGGUUUUACACAAUCUUCUUCCAACUGGGGCCCACUUAGAAAUAUGUCUAACCAUCCUAAAACUUCUUAACUUUCAUGUAAACUCCCGUAAUGAAGAUUUUGGCGUUGACUUCAACUUCCUGAAGUUUUGUUUCGAUAAAAUGAAAGAUUCUGAAUUUGGAGUGAAUGAACCAGAAAGUGAUCUCCAUAUAUCAAGAAACAAACUGAAGUUUUUGACUGUUUUGGGCACAUGGUUAGGGAAUGAAUUUCAUAAUUGUUCUCGCAUGAUUUCUAACAGAGAGGACAAUUUUAAGCACGAGCACAUCAGCUGUAUUGACAAUUUACCACCUUCCAGUGAUAUUGUUAAUCAUAUAUUUCCUGUUUUUAUGACAGCUUUUAAUUUACAUUGGCAGGGAUUUAGCACUCCAGUCAAUGAAUAUAGUGUGCCUUCCUUGGCCCUUAAACAUAAUUAUACAUGUACUGGUAAAAAGCAAAUGAUGGAAGAAGAGCAAACAGGGCCAAUUUACCCACUUAUUCAACUCAUUCUAGAAUUUGCAAACAAUUCACUUAUAUCAGGUGUUGCACAUGUAGUAUUUUCUAAAAUAAAGUACACAAAAUAAAAAAAAAAAAGGUCUCUUUUUUACAAAGUGGUCAUUAAAAUCAACACUUCCUUGUAUGUGAAGUUUUUGAAACAGA